AUGGCUGAAACGGCUGGAAGAACGGCACAAACGCAGGCGGCGGCGCUUGGAAAGGCUGCGAAAUUCUGGGCUUUGGAGUUAAAGGCUUUGGUGAAGCCGUUGCAAACACAACAAUCGUUUUCAUCGACGACUUUGUUGUUGAUUUCUCAUCGUCUUCCAGGUCGGAAUAGUAGUCUUUUGCCACGUCAAGUUUCCCGAUUUUAUGCGUCUUUGCGGCCGCGGAAAUAUUGGCCAUAGCCGAGCGAUUGGCCUGAAUUAUUUCUUCUGCCUCUUUGGGGUAGCCGAGGUCUUCAGGAGAAAGUUUUUGAUCAUCAUUGGAGCCGCCAAAGCAGGCCUGAAGUUAGAGUUUUUAGAGGGACUUGGAGAGAUUGUCAUAGGGACAUAGCUAGGGAGAGGGGGUGACCCGACCAUUGCGGGUCGGGUCAAGUUUUUUUUUGGGGUGGUCAAGUUUUCCCCCUUAAUAUUAGUACCCUCCCCAGGCCGGGACCGAAGAAAAAAAUGGUAAGGGUGGACCAAGGUAACCUUCAAACUUAAAGUGGAAGUAUCCCAAUUGAGACGCUCAGAUUUUGAUGAAAUUGGGUACAAAAUUAGAAAAACCUUUUUAAGACAUAUUCGAGAAAUCUAGCUUGCAGUUUGCAGAAACGACCGAGAUCUUUAAGUCGAAAGUUUAAAAAAAAUAUUACAAUUUUUUUACGAAUUCCAGGGAUGAAAACUUUCAUGUUGAUUUUUAGCAUAGAGUAAAAUCUUUCCACAAAAAAUCAUUUUUUUUCCAGGCGGAACUAGCAAAGAUACGGCCGAAAAGUGUUUUUUUUCUGCCGCUCUCCGCCUUUUGCCUGCUCUCUCGGCCGCAAAUAUCGUUCAAUAUCUCGGCUGCAACUUCAAAGCGCGAGCUAAAGUUUUCAAAAAUUAUUAUGUGGCCUAUACCCAAAGUGUGUGCAAAAUUUAAAGAAAAUCUGAGCGUCGCGCUUGGGGUACUUCCCUUGUAAAUUCCCGUAAUAUUCAUUCUUAAUUUGACUUACAUUUGAUGCCCUGACAAACACUACAAUCAAGAGAGUAGCAAAAAACGCUUUUUGGCUCUUCAUAAUUCCCAUAACAAGCAAAGGAGCCCAAGAAAAAUGAGGUGGAAGCGAAGAAAUCUUGAGCUUUUGCUCAAGAUUAAAACCGACUUACUCAUACUUCUAUUGAACAAAAUCUAGGCCAUGCGUCAUACCGAGUACUCGUAUAUACUUUUUUCGUAUCGCAAACAUUUUAAGGAAUGAUUAGCUCAAUUAUAAUAUUUUUGCAGUCAAUUGCUAUGAGUAUAUGUUCCAAAUCACCAAAAAAACGAACAAAAUAAAGAACAGCUUUCAGAAAAGUUCAUUACGAUUGGCAAUUGCACUGUCAGAGGAGAUGAGGAGGUCUUGGAUCAUGAGAAAUUGUGUUCAGCUUGUCAAGGGAUCUUCGUGAUGAGCAGCGACUGUUUUCCCAGCUUUCUGAAUGCCGUGAAUUGUGGGAAAGACGAUGGAAGAUGCAUCUUCGACCAUUUUACCGGAUACGGUAGGUUUUUGGAGACGAGGAUUUUUUUUUUGAAAUUUUGGAUACAUCCGCAGUUUAAAUAAGUCCAGAAGAUAUAUGGUUUUACAACUGAUACCGAAGAGUCUUGCUUUUUGAGGUUAAAAAAUUAAGGGUGACAUAUUAUACGACGGAUUUUUACUUGCAAAUUUUCGAAAUCGAAGGGGUUAUAUACGAUGAAAUUUUGACUUAAGCGCAAAGAUCGUUGAAUAUCUAGGCUGCGCCAGCAAAAUGCGAGUUAAAACUUUCAGGAAUUGAUACGGACCUAUGCAUGGCGCGUUAAAAAAAGAUAUCAGCGUCGCACUUUUAAGGUUUCCUUUGUGCAAACAUUUCGGAUUUCAGCCCAAGGCAAAUGCAUGAGCAAGACACUCAGCUUCAAAGUGAUGCACAACCGAGGCACUAAGGACUGCGAGGAAUGGGAAUUUGUCUACAUUGAUAUUCCUGUCGCCUGUGAAUGUUUUCUCAGCAAAACCUCGUUUUUGGAUACGAUUCCGAAUGAGGACAGCCAGUAG